GCCUCCCAGGUGAAGGGCAGCGCCGGCGGUUCAUUCACACCUGGGCAGGUGAGCGGAGCACCUGUAGCGGCGCGGAGUCCGGGGAGGCAAGCGGACCGGGUACAAGCCGGGGGCCGGACAGGUGCAAAUCGCAGACACUCUGAGCGCCAGCGCUACCAUGGGCGACGGGGCUCCGCAGGCGUGGUGGAAGUUCGCCUUCAUGCGCAAGAAGGGCGGCUCGAAGGUGCUGAGCGAGUUGGCAGUGGAGCCGAGCAACACUGACAGCUCCGACCGAGAGGCCAGGGGCGACCCGCAGCUGGAGGCCAGGUUGGAGAAGAUUGUGGACAAAAGCACCAAGGGCCGGCACGUCAGGGUCUCGCACUCCGGACGCUUCAAGGAGAAGAAGAAGGUUCGCUCGAGUCUGUCGGAAAAUCCCGGCUUCUACAGUCAGACGGAGACCGCGAGCAGCGCCGAGCCGUGAGCCGCCCGCCUGCCUGCCUGCCCGCCUUCCAUCCACCCACCCACCCACCGACUGUCGCGGCGACCGACUCCGACACUGGACUGUGCGGGGCUCCCAGCACCAGGGCUCCGGGCACCGGGCAGGCCUGGCAGAGAACUCGCAACAUCACCAGCACUUGGGCUGAUUCGACAACAACGCGCGCAAAGGGUUAACGUUGACUCCAGCACUGUUUUGGUAAACCUGCAUCUGCAGUCCCACUUGAUGGAGUCACCCGGAAUGGAAUCAAGGGGUUAACUCGCCGCUGCUCUCGGAGUUCAUUUCCCGAGACCAACAUGUAAAGAUCGGAAGAAACUUCACUGCCCGAAGUGGACAGACUAUUUCAAAAACAAACAGCGCCAAGACUCACUUCUCAAAAGUCUCUUUUCACAAAGUAAUUGAACUUUGGAAAACAUAUGGAUUUUCUAGAGUGUGAUUUUUAGGGACUGGCGCGAAAUGAACACUGCACGGUGCUGUCCGGGGUGGGGGAGAAAACCGGGGAGGGAGGGGAUGGGAAAGAACUGUUCACUCGCCAGUCUGACUGUCCCCGAUUUGUUUUCACCUUCUCCCAGCUUUCCUUGACACCCCCCCCCCCCAUCCCCAUCCGCUUUGAUGUCCCGUUAUCGCACCUUACACUUCCUUAUCUCUAUGUCUUCCUCUCCCCUGGCUCUCAGUCUGAAGAAGGAUCUCGACCCGAAACGUCACCCAUUCCUUCUCUCCAGAGAUGCUGCCUGUCCCGCUGAGUUACUCCAGCAUUUUGUCUCUUAACGGACACUGUGUGUGUGUAUAUAUAUAUGUGUGUGUGUGUGUGUGAGAGAGAGAGAGAGAGAGUUUUUAUCCGUCUAUAAAUCUCACAAGUUCUGCAUGUAAGUGACUCGAUGCUUGUAAUUAGCAAAGUGUGAUUUUUUUUCUUUUUGCGGGGGGGGGGGGGGGGGGGGGGAGGGGGGGGGGGGGAGUGAGAACAAGAUUUUGUUUCAAGUAAAAAUAAAAAUAUUGGAUUAUGUUUAGACAACAACCACGGCUUGGAAAAAAAUAGUGUCACGGGAACUGAAUUUUGGCGGCGUGCCAAAUGUUUGAGGCUGCUAUCGCGGGAGAUGUCGAUAAUUGUGGUGUUUGAUUGACAAAUGGUUCUUGAGAUCCCUUGACAAAUAUUUAAUUAAAACCAGAAUUUGCAGAUCUACA